AUGGUUCAGAAUCACGGUUUACGGAUAGUUGAAGGAGCUGAAACUACUCACCGCACCAGAUACCAGCGUCUAGUUGGGAAACUGGUGUACUUGUCCCAUACUAGACCCGAUAUAGCCUACGCAGUUGGGGUGGUCAGUCAGUUCAUGCAUGCACCUCAAGUAGCUCACUGGGAAGCAGCUCUGAGGAUCGUUCGGUACUUAAAGGGGACAGUAGGUCAUGGAAUUCUGUUUGAGAAUCAUGGACAUCUGGAAAUUCAUGGGUUUACAGAUGCUGACUGGGCAGGAAACCCAAAUGACAGAAUAUCAACAGCUGGUUACUUCACCUUUGUGGGAGGGAACCUUGUCACAUGGCGAAGCAAGAAACAAAAGGUAGUAGCUUUGUCGAGUGCUGAAGCUGAGUUUCGAGGUAUUAAAAGUGGAUUGACGGAGAUUCUAUGGUUGAAGAAAUUGAUGACUGAGUUGGAUUUGAACUCCAAAAAAUUCGUGCAAGUUGUUCUGUGA